UACCCCGCAAAGGAGCUUUCCUGAUUUCCCUGUGGGUUUGGGACUUAGCUAUAAAAGGACAGGGAGGCCUGAACAGGACCAGAAACCUUUGGAGGACAAGCCCCGCCUGCACGGCCCGGCCAUUCUCCCGCCCGGCUCAGGCUUCUCAACACGGUCCGGAAAGCCCCAGCUUGUGAUUGAUCUGGGAGCCCGGAAAGAAAGGGGUCUCUGUCUGCGCUUCCAACUUCGGAUAUCGAGUCUCCGCCUCCGAGCCCCCGGGAGCCGGCGCUGGUCCUCGCGGCCUGCGGGGUCCUCUCCGCCACGAGUUUUGUUUCCCAGUUCGCGGAAAGAGAAAGUGGUUGGGCGGCGCGGGAGCCGCCUGGGUCACCCGGGUCCUGACACUUCCUGCAGCGAUCCAGUUUCUUCCCUCCGUCUUCCGUUCCCUACUGGGGCCUAGGCAAAGGAGGGGCAGCUGGACUUCCAGGGAAAUCCCUUAGAGUCUCCUUCCCUCGGCAGCGCUCAUCCCGGCGGGAGCAGAACUGGAAAAACAGAGCGCUUGGCCGGGAGUAUUCAGCACCGCGGACAGCUCCCCGCCCCGCCCCGAGCCCACCGCACCCUCCCCUCUGCCUCUGGCAGCCUCGCCAUUGGCUCUCCUGGAUCCCUCUCGGAGCUGCCAAUUCUCCAACACGUAGACCCAACCUACCCAGGAGCCGGUCUUCUCGCCUCUCCAGCGUCCAGGGUAGCCCAGGCCGAGGAGAGAGCAGCCGAGAUUCCAGCUUCGGGGGGCGGCUGCCGGCUUUCACCGGGCUUGCGGAGUCGCUGCUGCCCGCUUUCAGCAUUUCUUCCCCGGCCCUUGCCCUGUGGCAGGUGCUCUGCUCAAGAUGAAUCUCAACUUCACCUCUCCUCUACACCCAGCGUCUUCUCAGAGACCCACCUCCUUCUUUAUUGAGGACAUUCUGCUGCACAAGCCUAAGCCGCUGAGGGAGGUGGCUCCCGACCAUUUUGCCUGCUCUCUGGCCUCCCGGGUGCCUCUGCUUGACUAUGGCUACCCCCUCAUGCCCACACCCACCCUCCUGACUCCUCACGCCCAUCACCCCCUGCAUAAGGGAGACCACCAUCACCCUUAUUUCCUCACCACCUCGGGAAUGCCGGUCCCGGCGCUGUUCCCGCACCCGCAGCACUCGGAGCUGCCGGGAAAGCACUGCCGCCGCCGCAAAGCUCGCACGGUUUUCUCGGACUCGCAGCUCUCCGGCCUGGAGAAGAGGUUCGAGAUUCAGCGCUACCUGUCCACGCCGGAGCGGGUGGAACUGGCCACGGCCCUCAGCCUGUCGGAGACGCAGGUGAAGACGUGGUUCCAGAACCGGCGGAUGAAGCAUAAAAAGCAGCUUCGAAAAAGUCAGGACGAGCCUAAAGCGCCAGACCGGCCCGAGAGCCCCGAGUGCAGCCCCCGCGGCCCGGAGUCUGCUGCUGCUGCCGCCGAGGCCCGGCUGGGCCUGCCCGCCGGCCCCUUCGUGCUCACCGAGCCGGAGGACGAGGUGGACAUCGGGGACGAGGGGGAGCUCGGCUCGGGGCCGCACGUCCUCUGAGCCGCCGGACUGGGGAGGGUUGGCGCGCGAGCGGACCGCGGGGACCCGCGCGGUUCUUCCCCGGACCGAAAGACUCUUGAGACCCCAGUGUCGCCGCGGGCCUCGUAGAUCAGCUCCUGGAAGACAAAACCCAAAGUCAACCUUCAGCCGCGCAGAGCCGCGUAGCCAGCGGCUCGGCCUCACGCCUCCCUCUCCCGCCCGCCUGGUCCCUGUCCCGGGCAAGUGUGCGCCCGGGUUCGCCCAUUCCCGCGCCCCGCAAGGUCAGCGCAGAGGACCGGCUCAGCACCGCGUCCUAAGCUGAAAAUUGGGCUCUCGGCUGUGUGUUCGGUGGGGAGACGUGGAUCUCGGUCGCGAUCGUAGACCCCUUCUCUCAUCUCUCAGCCACCUGCCGCCAGCUCGGUGAUUCGGAUCCCGCGGCCUUUCCACGCGGACCUUUUGCCCCCACCUUGAGCAGUUCGAUUGACUGCAGGUCAGGGGCAGGUGUCUCGGACCUUCCGACUCUUGCGGGGAUCCAGGCAAAACCAUGGCCCGAUCUUUCAAAGGCCCAGGGCCAGGACAGACUCGCGCUAGUCAUUACCCUCAGACUCGCUUCCGCCCUCUGCCCCUACACCCCAUCUCUGACUCAAGUAGUAGGGUGACCCCUUCUUCUCUGGGCCGCAGCGUACGUCUUCUCCCAUCGGGGUUCCCAACCAGAGCUAGGGGUUCUGCACCCUGGCACCCUUCCUGAGCUUGGGGUCCGCAGGCGCCGAUGCGCGUUAUGUCCUCCCUGCCCUGUGCCAAGAGGCGCCAGUGCGCGCCGGGAAACUUGAGCAGAAAAAUGCCCUAGAGUAAUCUCUGCUUCCUCAACUCGUUGCGCUCCGGUCUCGAAACUCUUCCACUGCCCACAGGCUACUGAUGUUUAAAAUGUCAGUUUUCCUCGGGUUGUGUGCGCGAAUGCUCAUUCUUAGUGCAUUUUAGGGAAUAAGACAUUUUACCAAGAUUAAGGCGAACGGGGUUUCCGGCGUGCACCUGUUUGGGGGCAAGAUGCGGUGGGGGUUUGAUUGGUCGUGUGCGUUACUCUCCUCCGCUCCCCACUGAGGGUCUCUCGCUAUCUCCCUUCGGGUUUGCGGUC